GCUCCACGCUCCUCCGGGAUACCAGCAGUUCGUAAAAGAGGCUCCGGCUAUAUAGAAACCUCACACGCCCCGACCAUCAUAUCUACGCCUCUCUUGCCCUUUCCUUCACCAUCAGCCCAGGAACAAGAGUGUUUACAUCGACUGAAGCUUCCAACGAUUUCCCAAGUCGGACAAGCUCAGCACGGAGGAUCAUAGUCAACACUCCUUCUAACUCACUCCCACCCACACACUACGACAAAAAAACAGUAAGGGAUCAGGACUGAUCCAAAGACGAAGGGUAUUUUGGAGAAUCAAGACACUCACACCAUCCGAUAAUCCGACACAUCGAUCCUUACCACUCAAUACCACCACCAAUCACUUUCAUCCGUGUUCCCGUACUCACCACGACCCGAGGUCUAAGUCACGGUCUGAGACUCACUACCAAGGAACCGUUCCCUUCGAUCGACUCUCGGCUUUCGAUUGCGCCUUGUUAUAAGUUAGCAGCUGCGAACUAUCCAGUCACUCUGUGUUCGAAUACCUUGAACCAGUGAACCCACUUGUGAAGCGAAAGGAUUGUGGCUCAUUGUUAGCAAGCCACCAUAUCUUCGACGCUUCUAUACCCAUCAUUAGAAAUUCCUGCUCCGACGUAUGGCGACUGCUCGCCAUUACGAAGCCGACGAAUACACGAUGCAUUACCCAGAGCCCCCGCAGGGAGGAAUGUUUUCAACUCCCGUAGAUAUGGGCAUUUCCCCUGAAUACUACCCACCCCGAUCCCAGGAGUACACAACAUCGAUGGCCUACGACCAAAGCACCACUUUGUAUGCCGAUGCGCCGUACAACAUGUACCAUGCGAAGUCCCCCAGCCUGUAUCCCGAAGACUCCAACCUAAGCGUCGAUAGCCAUAGCGCAUCCUCGUCAAACGCUGGCUCCCCCCUCUCGAACCCUGGCAACCUAGCCUCGUGGGGAGCUCCUUUGGGCCCCGGUGUGAGCCCCGGUAUUGUCGAUCAAGGCGAGUUCUUCCAUGGCAAUGAGUACUCAUUCACGCCUCUGGAUGGCUAUAACCCCAAUUUCGAAUUUUCGGUUCCCAAAGGCCCCGGCUUCGUCGACCCUUCUUUGAUCCACCCCGAAGUUCGAUCGAUGGCUAUGCCCAGCUACGAGCAAAUGUACCCUGCUCCUAACUCCGCAUAUCCCGGCUCACCUGCUCUUUCCGCAUCCCCGCAGCUCCGAACUGGCAGCACGUCGCCUUUCCUACAAAACAACAACUACCCGGCAUACUCGCCCUUCCCGGCACCUCUUGAGCCACAAAGAAGGCAAAGCCUGGUUUCGUAUCAGUCCAACUUAUCCGAGCAACCAUACAGCGGAGAUGAAACCUUAAAGGAGAAGCAGAGGUGUCCUCAUCCCGAGUGCGGCAAGACCUUCAAGGAUUUGAAGGCUCACAUGCUCACUCAUCAAACAGAAAGGCCAGAGAAAUGUCCCAUUGCGACAUGCGAGUAUCAUGUCAAGGGCUUCGCGAGAAAGUAUGACAAAAACCGCCACACUUUAACACACUACAAGGGAACAAUGGUGUGCGGCUUCUGCCCGGGCUCCGGCUCAGCGGCCGAGAAGUCGUUCAACCGUGCCGACGUCUUCAAGCGUCACUUAACAGCCGUCCAUGGUGUAGAACAGACACCGCCCAACGCUCGAAAGAAGACUGGCGGUGUCAACGGCGGCAACUCUGGCAACAAGAAGCUGACUGGCUACGCACCCGAUGCCACCGGCAAGUGCUCGACAUGCUCUCAGACCUUUAGCAACGCCCAAGACUUCUACGAGCAUUUGGAUGACUGCGUGUUGAGGAUUGUGCAACAGGAGGACCCCACCGAAGCCAUCAAUGCAAAGCGGUUGGCCGAAGUGGAAAACGAUCUCGACGUCCACAACACUCUCGAGAAGAACAAUCUCCCGACUACCACAACAAUGACUACCCAGAUGGAUGACAUCGAUGAAGACGAAGAUAUGGUCGAUGAGGAUGACAACGAGGAUCCCGUCGGCGGCCGUGGAUCCAAGAGCUCGCCUUCCAGGAAGACCAAGGGCAAUCCCGCCAACGGUGUGCAAAAAUCCCGAGGUCUCACUCACUCCCGCGGUGGCGUCGCUCUCCAAAGCAAGGCCCGCGGUCGAAAGAACCGCCGCGAUUAUCCUUCUAGCUGGGGCUUCGACAAGGGCCAGAUGACCAUGAAGAAGCGUGUCGUCGCUGUGUUCGAUGGACCCCGUCGUCUGGCCAAGGAUGACAUGAUGCUGUCGACCGAGCAUGAGGUGCGCAUCAAGCUCCAGGAUGGCAAGUCGUACGUGACGGAUCUUGAUGUCCAGACCCUCAGGAGGACAGAGGGCUUCCUCAACGCGACUGAAGAGGAGAAGGGCCCCUGGAUUUCAGAUGACCCGACCGAAGAGGAGAAGGAAGAGGCGAGGAGGCUGCUAAUGCUGCAGUGACGUAACCAACGAAGUGGGGUCAGGCUGGACGAAAAUAAAAAAAGCUUCUUUGGUUCUUCUGAUGUUUCUUUUGCUGUCGGCGAUGAUACCAUUAAACUGGGCUUUGGGUGGUGUUUCAAUAUAAUGAUGGAAUGGAGUUCAAACUGGAGGAAAUGAUAGGGAUCUUUUAGCGACAACAAGAAACCACAAGGAGGUUUCUCGAUCUAUGUCUUUUUGUUUCUUAUGUAUCUUCGGCCUCUUGGUUUGUUACAAUUCUUGGGUAAGAAAUGGGUUGGAAAUAGGCAUAGGGACGGGAUGGGAUGAAGAGAGGGGUCUCUUCCUAAUGAAUGAACGAAACAGACAGAACAACUGGGUGGGCGGCACGGUCGGUGGUAAACCGGGAUUGGGAACAGGAACGGAGGGGUCAGGGUUAUUUAUACCACAUAUCUGGGUGGACGGGUGGAUGAUUUGGAUAAAUGCCAACGUCCUUGCCGAAGGCGGUUUUCAUGUUUACCAUUUUUAUUCUCCAUCAUAUUCUUGUUACUCUUUUGAAUUUGGUGUCGAGCGUCUUUCUCUCUGUCUCUUUAUGUAUGAUACUUGUAAAGCCGCAUACCGACCUGCGAUGACUGAUACCCCCUUACAAAUUUGAUCUUUGCCAACAUCCAAUCUACUAUGCUUUCC